AUGGACCCAUCAAACAUCUUGCUCAAAUCCAUUGCCUUGCUUAUAUGCCUUCUUCCUGUUCUUCAGGCCUGUCCUCAGAAUUGUCAUUGUCAUGGAGGAGACCUCCACCAUGUCAUUUGUGACAAUGUUGGAUUGAGAAGGAUUCCCAAAGUAGCUGAGCAGACUCGGCUUCUCAAUCUGCAGAGGAACAAUUUCCCUGUGCUGCCGACCAAUGGUUUCAGAGAGAUGAAAAAUCUUGUAUCUCUUCACCUCCAACAUUCUCACAUCAAAGAAAUCUCCAGUGGAGCUUUCCGCAGCCUGAAGCAGCUGGUCUACCUUUACUUGUCAAAUAAUGACAUCAGUACCAUAAAGAUGGGAGCCUUUGAUGACCUGGCAGAACUUACUUACCUCUACCUAGAUCAUAACAAGAUAUCUGAUCUGCCCACGGGGCUCCUUUCUCCACUGAUUAAUCUUUUCAUCCUGCAACUAGGUAACAACAGGCUCCGAGAGCUGAGAUCAGGAGCCUUUCAUGGUACUAAGAAUCUUCGCUGGCUCUAUCUCUCUAAUAACUCAAUCUCCUCCAUCCAACCUGGGGCAUUGGAAGAUGUGGAAAACCUAGCCAUAUUCCACUUGGAUAAGAACCAGCUAAGCAGCUACCCUGUGUCUGCCAUGAGCAAAUUAAGGGUGGUGGAAGACCUGAAGCUCUCAAACAACCCAAUAAAGUCUAUUCCAGAUUUAGCCUUCCAAUCUUUUGGACGGUACAUGGAGACUCUCAGCUUGGACAACAUGGGAUUAGAAAAGUUUUCAGAUAAAGCAUUCGUUGGAACAACUGCACUGAAGAACGUUCAUAUAGAGCACAACAAAAUUUCCAGUCUUCCUAGAAGCUUUCCAUUCACCCGUCUUGAGACACUCUCCCUGUCCAUCAACCCUUGGCAUUGUUCUUGUCAGUUAGCACCUUUGCGCAGGUGGCUGGGAUCUACUCGUACUCGCCCAGAUGCAGUCUGUGCAUCACCUCCUCAGACUCGAGGACAGCAGAUUCGAGACACUGCUGCGCUCCGUAGCUGCAAACUUCCCUCUAAGAGAUCCAAAAAAGGGAAUCGCCAUUAA